AACAAGUGAACAUUUGGAUUUGCAUGCCAAAGUGAAACAGUGUCUGUUUGUUUGUUUUUUUUUAUAAAAAAACGUUUUAUAAAAACAAAAUGCAUGGAUUAAAUUGUUUGAUUUUCGCCAUUUUGGCGAAGUUUAGCUUUUCUCAUGUUACAUUUCCAAAUGUUCUUGAAACAGAUAUAAAGAAUUUACGUUCUAAGAGGGAAGCGCCAGGAUCUGCCCCAAGAAAUGUGAGAGCCCGACCUCAUAGUCUUCAAACUAUACGCAUAGACUGGGAUGAGCCCGAGAUAUCAAAUGGAGUUAUUCAGGGAUAUAAAGUAUUUUAUACAACUAACCCAGACCUACCAAUUGUGCUGUGGAUGAACCAAGAGGUAGCUGGAGAGAAUAAGAUGACUACUGUUAGUGGUUUGAUACCCAACAGCACCUACACAAUAUGUUUGCUGGCCUUCUCAAGCAUUGGUCAAGGUCCAUUGUCCGUUCCGGUAAAAGUGAUGACUAGGAAAGAAGACAUUGAUGGUUCGUUCAAAGGAAACAACACAGAGAAUGGCAUCAACUUAUGCACAGAAUCAAAAUACAAAAAAUACAAAAAAAUGGCAGUCGCGGUAUGUAAUGAUAAUCUUCCUCGUCAUGUUGUACAGAUAAAAUUCGACUAUUUCGAUGUGGAAAACUCAGAUUACUGUAUCUUUGAUUCGGUGAAUCUUUUGCUUUCGACAGAAGACAGAGAAGAGACAUCUUUUCUUAACGGACAAUCUUGCGGAAAAAAUAAACAUAGGCAAACGUUCAUCACAAGGGGCAACUCACUUCGCCUAGAACUUAAAACAGAUGAAUCAUUAGCCCUUAAGAAUUUUCAGGCAAAGAUUACAUUUGUACCAGAUACAGAAUGUAUAUGCAAAGACAAAAUGGAAUGCAUUCAGGACAACACUGAAAAAUGUAUUCGAGGAACAUAUUGUGAUAUAAAUAUAUGCCAAAAUGGCGGAACAUGUAUAAAGAAUCGUUCUACGGAGAAAUGUUACUGUCCUAAAGAUUUCAAAGGAGACGACUGUUCACAAAGAGAUGGUGAAUUUCUGGUGAGAUUCAUUAGUGCACCCGUGGACCGAACGAUAAAGAGGGGUGAAAGUCACGUAGAAGAAUGUAAAGUUGAAGUGCCAUAUGGAGAGCAGGUAGAAUAUAAUUGGUCAAUAAAAGGAAGAUUGAUAGAGCCGUACAAUGACAAGACAGGAUUUGGAACUCAUCCAGGUGGAGUAUUACAGAUUGAUGAGUUUUCGGACGCAUUGGUGGGACAAUAUUCAUGUUUUGCGACAAGCUCUGGUGGAUCAGCGGAACACACGUUUGAGUAUAGGAUUGCAGAGGAUUGUAACGUCAAAAUAUUCCCUGGACCUCAGGCAGAGAACAAAAAGAUAAAUGAAAUGGCUUUACUUAUAUGCCACGUGGACCAUCGGGCCAAAGCAGUUAGAUGGAAGAAAGAUGGAGUUUACAUUGAUUAUGACAAGGAUGAUAGAAUCAAGAAAAUGGCUAAUAACUACUUACGUAUAUUAAACGUUGGAAUGAAAGACGCGGGAGUUUACCAGUGCGAGGCCGAAGACGAAAACGGUUGCUAUAGUUAUAAGGAAGGCAAACUUCAGGUGGUAGACGUAAAGUCUUUCCGUUCGUAUUGCGGUAUAUCCAUUCAUGAAGAGGCUAUAAUUUCAUCAAGAAUAUCAAAGGGAUCAGAGGUACACCAUGGAAUAUAUCCAUGGCAUGUUACGUUUAGAACUACAGGGGAGGCAAUAUAUAGGAAACAAGCAUAUUGUGGUGGUACCUUGAUAUCCCAGCGAUACGUCAUAACUGCUGCUAGCUGUAUCAUCGACUUUAAUGCAGCAUUUCGUGUUCCUUUUUCGGCAGAAAAUGUGGAAAUUUUAAUGGGCACAACAGAUUGUACAGGAACUCAGAAUGAUGGGAUAAGAAGAACAGUACAAAGUUUCACGAUUCAUCCAGAUUACGAAGACAGAGGAGUUUAUGAUAAUGACAUAGCAUUGAUAGAACUGGACAGUCCGGUUGAAUACAACGAUAAUAUACGUCCUAUAUGUGUUGAACCGGCGGAAUACAAUGACAGGGUGUUUCUAGGUGGCUCCUUUGGUCGCGUGUUUGGGAAAGUCGCUGGCUGCGGUGCAAUAACGUCAAGAGGCAGAUUGAUGCCGAAGAGACUGAGGGAUGUAUAUAUUCCGUAUGUGGACAGAGAAACGUGUCUUGAAUCAAUGGGCAACAAUCGCAAUAGACUCACUGACACAAUGUUUUGUGCGGGGAGAAAUGUAAGUAUUAUAGAUUUGCAAGACUUGGUUUCAUAACAUCGAACAUUCUCUUACGUUGAGAACUUCUGUUUUGCUUUGAAUAAUUAGAAUUGUUAGACAAUAGAUGGAACAGGGUAAAGUGUGUAUAAGACACAUUCUGUUUUUAAUCUGAUAGCCUAGUAAUGUUUAACAUUAAUUAUAUUCAUUUCUCAAAUCACUCAUUAACAUUUUGGAUAAAUAAAAUACACACGCGCAAACAAAAAAUAACGAUUUAAUCUGGCAUAUGAACCAAAAUUUGUCGAUAUUUUCU